AUGAAGCUUCAAUCCGGAUCUUAUGUUCUCACAUUCGCAUCCGGUCAAUCAUAUAAUGGUAGUAAACGCCAAUUCGUCAUAUUCCAAACACAUAAAGAUCAAAAAAUAAGUGAUGUCACAGCUACAGCCAAAUCUGGCAAAAAUUCAGAAAUAUUACUUGGGAAUACAAGCAUAUAUGGAGUUUUUUACAGGUCUGACGGUCAAUUAAUACUCAAUUCAACUAAAAUAUACUCAUCAUUAUAUCUCACAGUUUAUUCAAAUGAAACCACCGAUUUUGGAUGCGACACUCAAGUUGUUUUGCUGGGGAAUGCAACAGCAGUGUUAGUAACGAAGAAUUAUCCAGGUGCAGCACCAGGUUAUGGAGUUUUCAUCUCAAAGAAGCACGAAGGAUACUGUUUCUACUCUGCUUUUGUACCAGUAGAAAUAGUUGCAAGUACAUAUCUAGAAGGAUCCUUUUCAAUAUCUCAAUAUGACAUUAAUGGCAACUAUAUCUCAUCUCGUGACUCAAUUUUAAAUUUAUAUCAAUAUCGAUAUCCUUUCGUAACUCAUAUUUUAGGGGUAAGAGAUAAUGAAGGCCCUAGUUUGCUUGGUUUUUAUGUUUCAACAGAAGAAUAUAAUUUCAAAACUGCUAUUCUAGUGGACAAUGAGAAGGCAGAUGCUCGAUUUGUAUCUAUUUCUGAUACUAAUUGUACCUUAGAAAUCAUAAUUGCUGUUGCUGCUGGAGUUGUCAUUAUUAUUAUAAUUGUUUCAAUAGUAUUUUGUUGCUACUGCUGCUGUUGCAAGAAGAAAAAGAAAGAUAAUGCAGAAAGUAAAUCUUCUUCUUCAGAUUCUUCGCAUAAUAUUUAG